UCAGAUCGAAGAACCAGCAGGUAUCGGAUCGGCAUCAAGCACUUAGACUAUAUAUGUGGAAGGAUCCAACAGCAAUGAUGAUAAUCAUACAGAGGGCUUAAGAAAACAGUGCUGUGGGGAAGAGUAGUUGGAUGGGGAUGAGAUCGUUGGUUUCCGCGGAAGAUCCCUCUUAACUUCAACCUUGAUGUGCGCCUCCUGAUUACCCGUAAUUUCGGCGCCAAGACGUUUCAAACGCUCGGAGGAGUAUAGGGACAGAGGCUAGCUGGAACGAGGAAACAAUAGCUAAAUGAAGAGGUAAGCGUAGACAAUCAAGGUUGAGUGAAGAAGUGCAAGAUAUCCACGCUCACUUUCAGUUCCAAUCCGCAAGGCGCUGUACGCAAUUAUGAGCGUAAACACAAAGACGCUGGAUCAUAUCGUACACCUCUCACCACCAGGGACCGUCCAUGAAAACGCAGCCCAGUGGCGCGAACUGGGCUUCAACGUCAUCGAGGGAGGUGUUCACGCGGACGGUCUGACCGAAAACACGCUCGUGAUACUGAGCGAUCACAUCUACUUCGAGCUGAUCGCAUUCACCAAGCCCGUCGACGCCUAUCCGCCUGGGUCCCCGAUCCGAAAGGCGCGUGAAGAGCACAAAUGGGCCUCCUGCCCACCAGGGUGGAUAGACUACGCCUUCCUGGGCAACGGGUCGCUCGUCCCGCCGGGACGUAUCUCGGAUGUGAUCAACAGCAGGGCAGGGGGAGAGAAGCUGUAUGUGGAUGAGGUUCCCGGAGGUCGCACGCGGCCAGACGGACAGGUGCUCAAAUGGGUGAUCAGCUCGGCUGCGAAGAAGGCGAGCUUGCUUCCGUUCUUUUGCGGCGAUGUCACAGACAGAGCACUGAGAGUACCUACCAAACCGGAGAGCAAUACGCAGCAGCCAUGUGGGGCACAAGGAAUUGCCCAUAUUCUGUUGCUCACCGACUCCGAGCCCGGGUUCUGGCAGGCACUGAAAGAGAUCAGCGCGGUAGUUGACUCCCAGCCGCAAACAGGCCAUGCGACGAAGGCGACAUGGACGCUGGCAAACCCUUCCGCGCAAGGCAAGAGAGCGCCGAGUCUGAUCCUGGCGGUGGCUCGAGGUGUUGAGCAAGAGUCUUUUGUUGCUGGUAGCUCGGCUCCACAGCUGUCCGAGGUUGGGCUUUGGGUGGCGGAGGGCGAGAAGGCUGGGACCAUCUGGCCGCCCUACGCGAGGAUAGUCUUGUCAUGUAGAAUCCGAGACAUGCCCUCCUCAACACCUUGCUUCGUCAUCGGGGAUUUCUCGAUCAUCGGCUCGAUUUGGUUGCGUGCGGCGAAAUCGACCAUGCGGCGGUGGACUGAGCGGGCAGCGAUGGUCAAGCCCUGGAUGUUGAUUCCGCCCAAGACGAGGGGAAGACUGGGGAUGGAAAAGUUGUCCUGGCUGACCCCCGCCGAUCCCGACGACGCCGAGACGCUGCGUGGGCCGGAUGUUGUAGCUCUCGAUCACCUCGAACACACUCGCGCCGCCGCACAUCAGGGGGCAGCGUGCUCUGGGGCAAGAUUUGCUGGGAUCUGGAAGAGGGACGGCUACUCCCAGACAGCUACUGGUCCUGUCCUGGAAGCGCAUCAGGCGAGAGUCAGAGAGGGCUCGCAGAAAGCGGACUAA